GAACUGGCAUGUGUGGUCCAUGGGUAUCGCCCAGAGGUGAUAUCUUCACGCACACUGAGUCGCAGGUGGAUAGCCUUAACCACACUGAUUGGUCCAUAGUGGUGGCCCUCGUUCCCGACGGUGUGACGUCAAUCAUUGCGCACAUCCGGAUCGGGAACCUGCAGGCGGCGCUUCACCAUACGCUGACAGUCAAACCUAGGAGCGUCUGUGGCAAUACAAACUGUGAAACUGAAGAAGGGGAGGACUGUUCCACUUGUCCGGCUGAUUGCAACGCGUGCCCAAUGUCGCAGGGUGCUAUAGCCGCCAUAGCAUGUACCUGCGUCUUCAUCAUGGCCGUCUUCUGUGGUCUUAGCGGGUAUUUCUACUGGAGGCAGGAGAAGAUGCUUUGGGACGAGAGCUGGAUCGUCAACUAUGACGACAUCAAGCCAGAUACCGGCAUGCGAGGUUUCACCGGUAGCGUCAUCAGUGUACGGACGGAUAACGAAGCGUCAAGUAUUGGUGGUCUGGCUGCCGCCGCCCAUUCCAAACAACUCUUCACACAAACCGGAAUAUUGAAUGGGCAAACUAUUGCCAUUAAAAUUAUCAACAAAAUGUCAUUUGCCUUGGACAAAUGCAUCCGGAAGGAGGUGAAACAAGUAAGAGAUAUUCAUCAUGUUAACCUAUGCAAGUUCAUGGGAGGGUGUAUUGAGGUCCCCCACGUUGCCAUAGCAACGGAAUACUGUCCCAAGGGCAGUCUCACUGAUGUGCUUCUUAACGAUGACGUUCCGCUGAACUGGAGUUUCAGGUUUUCGUUCUGCAGUGAUAUAGCGCGCGGGAUGAACCAUUUACACAGCAACAAAAUCUACCACGGCAGGCUCAAGUCAUCAAACUGUGUGGUGGACGACAGAUGGGUGGUAAAAAUAUCCGAUUACGGUCUCCGAGAUUACCGUAAAAUCGAGGGGGUUCAGCCGGGGGAGAACGAGACCUACGCCGCCUUGGUUGCCCGGGUCUACCUCCCUCCAGAAAUCCUGGAGUUUCCCAACUCUGCAAUUACGCCAGCGGUAGAUGUUUAUAGUUUCGCAGUAAUAUUAGUGGAAAUCGCCACCAGAAACGAGCCCUGUGAAUCGCAGGACCUCGAUAAGGUAGACGGUAGGUGGCGCCCUUCUCUUCCCGACCUUAACUCCUCUGACGUCAUGCCGGAUGACGAAAGAUGCCCGUGCCCCGAAGAUUACAAAAAGCUGAUCGAGCGAUGUUGGCAGACCAACCCGACCCUGCGUCCCGCCUUCUCCCAAAUCAAGUCCACGUUACACUCCAUCAACCCCAACAAGCUUAGCCCUGUCGACAUGAUGAUGCAAUUAAUGGAGAAAUACUCCAAACACUUGGAGGCGCUAGUGGCAGAGCGGACGCAGGAUCUAGAGCUAGAGAAACAGAAGACUGACAGACUGCUGUACAGUAUGCUUCCCAAACCAGUCGCAGACAAUCUUCGUCAAGGAAUCACCAGCAAGGCUGAGGCUUUUGAGAGCUGCACAAUCUUUUUCAGUGACAUUGUGGGCUUCACUAGUCUCUCAAGCGGCAGUUCGCCGUAUGAAGUAGUGGCUCUUCUCAACAAGUUAUACGUGACGUUUGACUCCAUCAUCGACGCGUACGACGUCUAUAAAGUGGAAACCAUUGGAGAUGCAUAUAUGGUGGUUUCCGGCAUUCCAAAACGCAACGGUCUUCUCCACGCAGGAGAAGUCGCUAGCAUGGCCUUAGACUUGGUUCAAGUCUGUGAAACGUUUAUUAUCCCACACAGGCAGAAUGUCAAGCUCAGAAUUCGAGCGGGUAUUCAUUCAGGUCCCGUUGUAGCGGGGGUUGUGGGUCUCAAAAUGCCCAGAUACUGUCUGUUCGGCGAUACGGUCAAUACGGCGUCUAGAAUGGAGUCUACCGGGGAAGCUCUAAAGAUCCAAGCCAGCGAAGCGUGCGUGAAAAUCCUGGAGGUUCUGGGCGGUUAUGACACCGUGGUACGCGGGGAGAUGCCAGUCAAGGGCAAGGGCAUCAUGAUCACAUACUGGGUCGAGGGGAAACACGACCAGCCGACCACGGACUCCACCCAGACGCUCCUUACAGCAACCAAUGUGGUCCUUAACGGCGAGCCAGACAAGCCGGCCGGCUCACCACGGGAGCAGCUGUCUGUCAGCGACGGGGAGGAUUCGACUAAUCGCAAGGUGUCACUACCAGCCCCGGAAGAGACUAUCUUCUGAUAAGCGCCCAAACAAUAUUGUCGGUUCGAUGGAAGAUAGAGACGUAAACGAGAAAUCUUGCCUGAUCAACGAAAGCCAAGUAUGAUACUGAACCCGCCACACUGCAUGCCCAGCACCCAGCUUCUAACGUAGUCAAACACCAGACGUUUCACAUUGAAAACAUGACAAGGCAAGCCAGUAACGCUUGAACCAAAACGCACAAAACUCUAUUCGACUAAUUCAGCAUGGCUAAUUCACUGGAAGUCUUUUCUGUAGCAUCUGGUGAACACAGUGGCCGGAUUUAGCCAUCCGCGUUGGUGUAACGGGGUAACUUAUAACGAUGACACUGACCCAAAUGAUAGUCAGUCAGUCAGUUUAAGUCAGUAGGUACAGAUUUUAAUGAUAUGGCAAAAUUAAUGUCCAAUCCUUUGAAGUAGCCUACCUUGUAGUUUUGAUUCUUGCUGCCUUUUGCUCGAACUCACAACCCGAUCGGGCACUUGUU